AUGAGGUCUUCCUAUGUUACUUGGGCUGGUCUUGAACCCCUGGCCUCAAGUGAUUCUCCACCUCAGCCUCCCAAAGCUCUGGGAUUACAGACAUGAGACACAGUGCCUGGACUGAGAAUUUUUAAAUAUUAAGCCUUUUGGAUAUUGUUUCCAAGGGAUAAGUGUCAAUCAGGCAGCCAUUAAGCAGAACACCCCCUACUCCUUGAUUAUUGAGUAGCACUAGGCAGCAUCUUUCAAUGUACAAACAGUUCUGAGUUGAAAACUGGAUAAGGCUGUAGCUGAGAUUGGGCAGAAAGAAGCCUUGAAAUAGGGUUACAGUGGCCUUCCUCAACUGCUUUCCCUGGUGUUCUUGCAUGGUCCACAGCUACACUCAACCUCUCUAAAAUGAGUGCACUUUGUCCCUUUCUUGGUAUUGAUGCAGUAUGAGGUUCCUUGUCUGUUCUCAUCUAGAAGGACAGAACUAUGACAAACUUCUCUGCAAGACAGAAUAUAUGAGUACAUGAAGCCAACUGCUUUAUGGUAUAGCAUUCAGAUGACUACUGAAGUUCCUUUUUAGGUAUGCCAGGUGGCCACCCCCAACUAAUCACUUCCUAAUACCUGCUCACAGUUACAACUUAGUCUAAGAAGUUCAAAUUUCCACUGCCCAAACCAAGGUGGCUGGUUGCUGUAACAGGAAAAUAAAAACAUAAAAAAAGCAAGACACUAAUAUUCUCCUAUAAUUGGGACCAUAUGUGACAGAGUUAAUUCAUCAGUGACUACUACCUACAGAACUUAGCUUUGGAAUUUCAUGGUUCAGCUGCUUCUUAUCUAGCUGUGUGAACUCGAGCAAGUUACCUAAUCUUUCUGAUUCACAUGUUCACAGUAAUAUGCAGAAAACAAGGUGGUUAUUAUGGUUCAAAAUAAUAUAUAUAGGUCAUCUAAUAGAAUGCAGUGAAAUAUGGUCGGUGUUGGCUCCAAAAUUUAUAUGUAGAAAAGAUUUACAGACAGCAAUACUGUUGAAGAGGCAGUAAGGUACCUGCAUUGAAGUAUGUAAUCACAUAGUGAAGACAUGCUCUAACUUGGACUGUUUAUCUUGGGUGGCAGUGAGGCCAAUGGACAUCAUGGAAGACAAUGCCCUGUCCCAGGCCACCAUAUGAUAGAUGUUAAUGAAUUACAACUGGUAUUGUUACCUUGAAAACUAUGCUAUUUACAAGUACUUCACUGGGAUAGCCAAAUACAUAUUUUGCUAUCUUGUCUAUGUUCCUAAUUCUUGAUUGAAAAAUUGUAUUUAUUCUGCCUGCCAUAAAGUCUGUGGUCUCCAGGUCAGUUUAAUCUAUGGGUAUUUUUUAAAUUACUGAUUAGAUAUAAUUUCAUAGAUUAAGCCCCUAGUUUUCCACAGCCCCACCAUGGGCAUUAUUUAAUUGAAAAAAAUUAUACAAAAAUAGCCCCAGGAUAAUAACAUGGAAUCUACAGCAUCUAUUCCAAAUAUAUAACAAAGAAUUAAAGAAAACCCAGAGGCUGGGUGCGGUGGCUCAAGCCUGUAAUCCCAGCACUUUGGGAGGCCGAGGCGGGUGGAUCACCAGGUCAAGAUAUCGAGACCAUCCUGGUCAACAUGGUGAAACCCCAUCUCUACUAAAAAUACAAAAAAUCAGCUGGGUAUGGUGGCGACUGCCUGUAAUCCCAGCUACUCAGGAGGCUGAGGCAGGAGAAUUGCCUGAACCCAGGAGGCGGAGGUUGCGGUGAGGUGAGCCGAGAUGGCGCCAUUGCACUCCAGCCUGGGCAACAAGAGCGAAACUCCGUCUCAAAAAAUAAAAUAAAAAUAAAAAUAAAAUAAAGAAAACCCAGAAUGAUAUCUUGUACAGUCUAGCAAAUCUGCAUAGAAAUCUUCAAACUAAGCGUCUGGAAAAAGUGUAGGCAAUCUUUUUUUAUUCUAACAGAAUAAAAUUCAUAUUUAUCAGCUCAAUAUCCCAAAUUCCUAGAAGGCUGACAAGUACAACCAGAGCAUGUCUCUCUCUCUCUCUCUUUCUCUCUCUCUCUCUCUCUCUCUCUCUCUCUCUCUCUCUCACACACACACACACACACACACACACACACACAUCUCUGGCUGACUAAUUUAGUAGUUAAGAUAGUAAAAAUCCAUUGGGAAAGGAGCACGUUUUAGUCUUGCAUUCUCCCCUCUUGAAAAAGACUAAGGUCAUGCAUUUCUCCAGCGUUUCUACUCUGUAGUGAAAGUUGGAACUCUAGCGCAAUGGGGAUGGCCAAGGGUAAACGCCAACAUAUACAUAGUAAUAUUUGUUGUUAUGGAAAAAAAAGAGCGACAGAUACUUUGACCUAAAACCAAACCUUUCGCAGUACCAAUUAAGAUUCACAGCACCUUUUCCUCAUUAACCUCUGGAAACCACCAAAUGAAGGAUUCCUGUUCGGAGCUCUAUUCUGUUCUUACAAACUGUGCCCUCGGGGUAGCCUGAAAAGAACCUGCUCUAAUUCUAGGGGAAUUCAAAAAGAUAACUCGCUUUUUGUCACCCAGGUCUUUGUACUAAAACUAAACCAAAAGCCAGCAUUGGUAUAGUGUACAAGGCUCAAAAUCGCCAGGAACGUGGGGUCGGAAACCUUCCUCCGUCGCGCCAGACACCGAGGUGGCACAACACACACAGAGAAUGCAUCUCAUUUUUAAAGGGCAGAGAAGAGUGAUGACCUUGUAUUCCCACGGGCCGCGAGGCUGGUCUGUACAGCAGAGACUACACCUCCCAGCAUGCAGCGCGGCCAUCACCCAGGCCGCGGCGCAACUGGAACGGUGCAUGCCGGGAUGGGGAGGGUAGGUUUCUGAACGGCCCCGAGAAGUAGCUUUUCCCCACCUGACUGCUGUCAUUCAGCAGUCCAGAGUCUUUGAAGAUCAAACCGAACUUCAGAGACUGAAGAGAAUAGUCCCUUUUUAUUCCUAACAGAUUUCUUGCAGCAAAGUAAUCGGCAGUCUUCCGUUUCCGGUUGCGUGUUGCCGUGGUACCCAGACAUAACAGCCUUGGCGGUUAUGGCGGGCCUAAACUGCUCGCAAGUCCCCGACGGUGAGUUCACAGCGGUCGUGUACCGGCUCAUCCGCGAUGCUCGCUACGCCGAGGCGGUGCAGCUGCUGGGCCGAGAGCUGCAGCGGAGCCCGCGGAGCCGCGCCGGCCUGUCAUUGCUGGGCUACUGCUAUUACCGCCUGCAGGAGUUCAGGCUGGCCGCCGAGUGCUAUGAGCAGCUGGGCCAGCUGCACCCGGAACUGGAGCAUUACCGCCUGUACCAGGCCCAGGCCCUGUACAAGGCCUGCCUUUAUCCGGAGGCCACUCGGGUGGCCUUGCUUCUCCUGGAUAACCCCGCCUACCACAGCCGGGUCCUCCGCCUGCAAGCUGCCAUCAAAUACAGUGAGGGCGAUCUGCCAGGGUCCAGGAGCCUGGUGGAGCAGCUGCUGAGUGGGGAAGGGGGAGAAGAUAGUGGGGCCGAGAAUGAGACUGAUGGCCAGGUCAACCUGGGUUGUUUGCUCUACAAGGAGGGAAAGUAUGAAGCUGCGUGCUCCAAGUUUUUUGCAGCCCUGCAGGCCUCAGGCUACCAACCUGACCUUGCCUACAACCUGGCUUUGGCCUAUUACAGCAGCCGGCAGUAUGCCUCAGCGCUGAAGCAUAUCGCUGAGAUUAUUGAGCAUGGCAACCGCCAGCACCCUGAGCUAGGUGUGGGCAAGACCACUGAGGGCAUUGAUGUUCGCAGUGUUGGCAACACCCUAGUCCUCCACCAGACUGCUUUGGUGGAAGCCUUCAACCUUAAGGCAGCAAUAGAAUACCAACUGGGAAACUAUGAGGCAGCUCAAGAAGCCCUCACUGACAUGCCACCCAGAGCAGAGGAAGAGUUGGACCCUGUGACUCUGCACAACCAGGCACUAAUGAACAUGGAUACCAGACCUACAGAAGGGUUUGAAAAGCUACAGUUUUUGCUCCAACAGAAUCCCUUUCCUCCAGAGACUUUUGGCAACCUGUUGCUGCUCUACUGUAAGUAUGAGUAUUUUGACCUUGCAGCAGAUGUCCUGGCAGAAAAUGCCCAUUUGACUUAUAAGUUCCUCACACCCUAUCUCUAUGACUUCUUGGAUGCUGUGAUCACUUGCCAGACAGCUCCUGAAGAGGCUUUCGUUAAGCUUGAUGGGCUAGCAGGGAUGCUGACUGAGGUCCUCCGGAAACUCACCAUACAAGUACAGGAAGCAAGACACAAUAGAGAUGAUGAAGCUAUCAAAAAGGCAGUGAAUGAAUAUGAUGAAACCCUGGAGAAGUAUAUUCCUGUGUUGAUGGCUCAGGCAAAAAUCUACUGGAACCUUGAAAAUUAUGCAAUGGUGGAGAAGAUCUUCCGCAAAUCUGCAGAAUUUUGUAACAACCAUGAUGUGUGGAAGCUGAAUGUGGCUCACGUUCUGUUCAUGCAGGAAAACAAAUACAGAGAAGCCAUUGGUUUCUAUGAACCCAUAGUUAAGAAGCAUUAUGAUAACAUCCUGAGUGUCAGUGCUAUUGUACUGGCUAAUCUCUGUGUUUCCUAUAUUAUGACAAGUCAAAAUGAAGAAGCAGAGGAGUUGAUGAGGAAGAUUGAAAAGGAGGAAGAGCAGCUCUCUUAUGAUGACCCAGAUAAGAAAAUGUACCAUCUCUGCAUUGUGAAUUUGGUGAUAGGAACUCUUUAUUGUGCCAAAGGAAACUAUGAGUUUGGUAUUUCUCGAGUUAUCAAAAGUUUGGAGCCUUAUAAUAAAAAGCUGGGAACAGAUACCUGGUAUUAUGCCAAAAGAUGCUUCCUGUCCCUGUUAGAAAACAUGUCAAAACACAUGAUAGUCAUUCAUGACAAUGUUAUUCAAGAAUGUGUCCAGUUUCUAGAACACUGUGAACUUCAUGGCAGAAACAUACCUGCUGUUAUUGAGCAACCCCUGGAAGAAGAAAGAAUGCAUGUUGGAAAGAAUACAGUCACAUAUGAGUCUAGGCAGUUAAAAGCUUUGAUUUAUGAGAUUAUAGGAUGGAAUAUAUAGUAAUAGCUAAUAAUGGCAUGUAUCAAAUGGUUUAUUAUGUAAAUUUGCAUUGCUUUAACUUUUGGCAUCUUUAUAUUUGUUACAUGUUGAGCUUUGUACACUUAAGUAGCUAAAACUUUUGCUGCUGAUAAGUUUCCCACAAAGUGAAAUAUUCUAACAACUUUUACCCCAGAAGGAGUUAGGAAAAAUUCCAAACUUAUAAGAGAUGUUUCUAUCAGAACUUAUAUUGACUUUAUUUCCUUUCCUUUGUUGUCUUUUGUGCUCUGAUGUAGCUUGAGGGGCCUUUGCACAAGCAUUACCUCUUUCAGGGGCCAAGCAGUAUCUCAGUAGUAGUUACGAGCAGUCUAAUCAUUUCACGAAUUGUGUGUUCUAUUCUCACAAUUUACUGUCACAUUAAUUUGUAAUGCAUCCUUUUUAUAUAGACUUCAGGAUAUUUUGACAGUGUUUUCUAAUAUGGAUAUAAUGCUUUACCUAACCAAAAUUCCUUAGAUUGUGUUUAUUUUUUUAACAUGCAAAAGUCAGUAAAAAAUUUUGUUGCUUUAACAAAAUUAUGGUGCUAUAAUGUAGAGACAAUGAACAAUUAUCAAAGAACAAUUUUCCCUGGUUUUCUUUUGCUCCCUUUAAUACAUAUAUGAACAAAAUACACUGUUACUAUUUUCCAGUAACUUUUUAAAUAUUUAUCUCUAUGACAAUAACAGAGGUAUCCUGAGAAUUCAGGGGUUUGAUUGUUUAAGAGCCAAAGGUUUUAUUAUGUUUGUUGCCCAGGCUGGUAUCUAACUCCUGCAUUUAAGCAAUACUCCCACUUCAGCUUCCCAAGUGAUUUGCACAAAUCACUGGAUCCAGCUAGAACUCAGUUCUUAAUUCCUACCUUUGUGUUUGCAAUUUAGGAUAUGCUGGAUAUACAGUGUUUCCAUGUUGUAAACUCUUGGAUAAGGAAAAAAUCUUGGCCACCAGUCCUGGCCAAAAAGGUCAAUUCUGAGUUGUAACGUUCAUUUCAUGUCCACAACUCCCAAUGGUUUUUUGGAGUUCCCACGGGGAACCACAUAAAUUCUGAUCAGGCAUUUUAUUUUCGGAACUUUAGAAGAGCUUUACUGUUUGAUUUCCCACUCCUCACUCCUCUCUCUCCACAAAAAGUAACUGUCAACCCUAAUUUGACCUGGCUUAGAAAAAUGAAGAGUAUUAGAUUGAAUCAUAUGAAAUUAUUGAUUCUGACAGUUUUUGAUGUACAAAACUAGCAGUUCCUUAUGGCUCAAACUAGUAGCUUUCUUCUGAAUGGUAGAGAACUUCUGCCAUAACGAGAUGAUUUUUUUCCUUCAAGGAAAAGGAACCACUUAGCCAUAUAGGUACCGAUAAGAAACAUGCUAAACAUAACUCCUCUGUAGUAUGACCUCCUGAGUGCUCAAAUUGUAUUAUACCAGGAAAUUUGGAUUCUUGUGAAGUUCAAUCGUUUUGAAUUGAUGGCAUUUUAAAUCUUAAUUAUCUGAGCUGCUAUCAUUUACCACUGAUGCUUUAGUCUCAGUGGAGGACAAGCUUUGGAGGACAAGCAAUGUUUAGUGACCUCUUCACUGUAUCCCAUAGCACAUUCCAUGCCUGGGAAAUGUUCUUUGUUUAACAACUUCUGUACUAAAAGUGUUGCUGCAGUUCAGCCCCUGUCAAUCCUGGUAGCCCCUUAAGAUUUAGAAAGUAAAUGAACUGAAAUCUUGUUUUCAAUAGCCACAUUAAAAUUCUGGUUUUUUCCCCCUAUUUCUUCUAAACCACACUGUUUUCUUUAGGGGAAAAAAAGGCGUAAGUGUAACUAAUGUUAACCAACCAAAAACAAAUGUUUUCCAGAUUCCCUUCUGCAAAUAGUCUGGUCUUUAUUUGGCCACAGUUUAUUUACCCAGGUGCUAUGUGUUUGUGGUUUUCAUGUAUGUGUAAUUUAACUUUUCAGAACAUAAAACGCUUUUCAGAAUGUUUUUUAACCCCUUGCUGCUGGGCAAUUGGGAUUUCCUGGUUAAUAAUCUAUAAGGAAAUCCUGACUGCUCCCACCACUAAGAAAUAAAGGUGAAUCAUGCAUUUGUCCCCUUCUUUACCCUGGCUCUCAGAGAAGCACCCACCCAGAUUCAUAUUGCUGCUGGCAACAACGAAGUCUUAUGAACUGCGCAGAGUCAGAAGUCUGGCGCUGAGGCCUGGGCAGACAGGGCAUUCCUAACUCCCCUGGCACUUGUCCUUAUUUUCAGGAUAUAUAUCUUUAAAACUCAAAGUACCCUGCUUUGCUUCUUGAUUCUAAAAAGCAAAUGACUUUACAAUGACCCCAUAUUUUGCCAUUUGAGUGAAAGCUUCUGUACCUAAAACUUGAAUGAAAAGCUUUGUUAUGUGCUCCUAGAGUGUAUAUAUUAAGUGCUGAAAGCACUUUUCUUGACAAAAAGUUCCUUAUAGAAAUAUAAGGAAUCUUUUAAGAUUUCAUCAUAAUACCUGCAUAGCCUAUUUUAAAGGAAUCAGACAUUGAGUAUUUCAUCUUAGCCCCUUGAUCACCACAGGGGCACACACAAAAUAGAAGCAUGUGCUUAUACACAAGUAGUUAUAUUUGUUUUCUCAGGAACAAGAACUUGAUCUUUCUGUGCAGAAAGAUCAGUGACAUGACAGACCUGUCAAAGGAUUUUUAUUCCUUGUGACAGUCUCCCUUUGAAUGUGACCUCAGCUGCAGAACAGAUGUUUGCUCUAAUACCAUCUGUGAAGGUCAGGUAUAGUGGCUAACUCUGACCCAUUCAUGAGAACUGGGAACUGGGAUCACUGGGUGGGGAUGGAGGUGGGUCAUCUGGAAUGAGACAGCUGUAAUCAUAGGGGGGACACUCCUAACCUGAGGGGUGUAUGGCCUCAUAGUCUUAGAGGAGCACCUCAGAUGGAAUCCAUCUAUAAAUUCACUGAUUUAGUGAAUGAUGGAAUCAGUGAUAGGUGUGGCCCGUGGUUAGAAUGAUUUCUCUAGAGAGGGCUAUGGGACAGAUGCCCAAAUAAAUAUACUUAUUAGGAAAUGUGAGAUUAGAAAGGGUAAAUGGCUUAGAGGGGAAGCUUUAGAAGUGUCUUUCUGAUCCCUCUGCCCCAUAAUCCUCAUCUAGGCUCAUUUUCUCCCUGGGGUCCUGGAGGGUUAGCAGUGUUGGAAGUCUGACUAUAGUUAAGCAGAGUGAGACUGUCUAAACAACCUAACUUAAAAAAGAUAACAUCACUCAAGAAAGACUUUUCAGGUGAGUAUCAGGAUUUUCAAAUAUAAUUUUUAUGUUUUAGGUUCUCUCCUUCUUUUUCUUAAUGACCCUGGGUGAUCUGUAUUCCUGAGGGCGUUCUCUGCCACAGAGUAGCUUCCUGGCAUUAGUGUGGCUUGCAGCUCAUUCUCCACCAUUCACUAAAUGCCUCUUAUCCCUUGAUGACCAAACUCCCAGACUAAAGUGACAUUUGGGUUUUCUGUAGUUUUCACUUUUGGGGAUAUGUCCUUUGUAUUAAGUCAAACCACAUUUUGUCAUGAGCCAGUAAUUCUUGGUUUUUGGUUGUCCAACUACAGAAUCACCAUGACUGUGACCAUCAGAUUCGAAGCUGAUACUUUCAUUCUAGUUAUAAUAUAUACUUUUUGAGUACCCUAAGGUAGCUCAAACCCUUCAGCAGCAACCUGAAUUUUUAAAUUAGUACUUUUAAGAAAUUGUGACUUUCCAAUGAACCCAGAUUGUUGUCUCUAGAUUAUAAUAAAACAUUUAUUUAAUCUCAAA